GCUGAUCGUAAACAACACGCCGAACUGGAAGGGCCACUCCAAGCGCCCCCCCUCUUAAGGACGCGCGGUAAAGCGCUUCUUUCCUUCAUUCCACAAGCGUUUUGCGGAGUCAGCUGCUCAUUGUUCACACCAGUGUUGCCGGGGACCAGCGGUGUCCUCGUUUAACUAAUAAUAACUUCAGAGCCGCGCCAGUAACAGGAUCUGCGACGCGGGGCGCUGCGACGCGGGGCGCUGCGCUCCUGAGUUCUCCCGCAGCGCGUAGAGCCGGAUCCCGCAUUAAAACAGAGGCCAAUCAGACGCACAGCUGAGCAAAGCACAAUGCCUGUCCCACCCCCACCUCCCCCACCCCCUCCUGCACCACCUCCUCCUCCUCCACCCUCCUCUGCUGGACCUCAGGUGGCUCGAUCAGACCCCCCCAAACUGCAGCCUGUGGAGGGGGGGGGUCGCAACGCCCUCCUGGCCGACAUCCAGAGAGGAGCCCGACUCAGGAAGGUCACGCAGGUCAACGACCGCAGUGCGCCCCUCAUCGACAAGCCCAAAGCUGGCAGCACAGAGGCAGUUGGGGGGGGGGCAGCGGUGUCACCGCCCUCUCUGGGGGGUCUGUUCGCAGGCGGGUUUCCUGUCCUGAGACCUGCAGGUCAGAGAGACUCCGCCCCCACAGCCUCGCGGUCAGGUUCCUCUCCAGGCCUCCGGCAGCCGUUGUGGAGCCCCCCGGUGGCAGACAGUGGGCACGGCAGCUCGCUGCAGUCACUGAGAGCGGCAGAGAGAGGUCCCGCACGGGCGGUGGCAUCUGCACCAACCACGCCCACCUUCAACAAGCCGUCCACCCCGCCCCUUCUGCAGGACCGGCCAAUUAAACCCCCGCCAGCGCCAUCAGGACCACCCCCAGCUCCGCCCUCACAGACCACCAAGCCCACCUGGCUCCCGGUGCAGUCCCACACCCUCCCCCAACCCUCCACCCCUGCCCCGCCCCCUCCCCCACCCCCGCCUGCCUCCAGUGCCCCCGACCGCUCCUCCGGAUUCUUCUUCCCCCCUCCCCCUCCCCCCAUCCCAUCAGACUUCAAGUUUAACAGUUUUCGGGAGAGUCAGAUGGCCCCCCUCCCCCCUCCUCCCCCUCCGCUUCCUGUCUCCUUCACCCCCACCUGCUCCUCCUCUCUGCCCCCAACUCUACCCCAGCCCCCCCUCCCCAAAGUGCCCCCUGUCCCGUCUCCAGCACUGAGGUCAGGGGUGCCCCCGCUGCCCCCUUCCUACCCCUGCACCGUGCCAAGCCGCCGCCCCCCGGCUGUGCCCCGCCCUGCAGGAGGGAGACUGGCCCCGCCCCCUGCCCCUCCCACUCGCUCCCCCACCACUGAGCUCAGCUGCAGGACUCCGCCCCCUCCCCCACCCCCCGUCCUGAGGAACGGCCACCUGCACAGCCUGGAUGACUUUGAAUCGAAGUUUCAGUUCCAUCCCAUCGAUGACUUUCCUCCCCCUGACGAGUUCAAGCCGUUUCCGCGGAUAUACCCCAGCAAAGAGGCGCGAGCAAACCCCAGAGGCCCUGCUCUCAGGACACACCUGCGCUGAGGCGUGUGGGUGGGGUGCGAGGAGGCCCCGCCCUG